AGUCUAGCAACAGUAUUAUCAAGAAUUGUGUUGAAACUUUAGAUCAAAAGGUUAGAGUGAGUGCCCAUCGCCAAACAAACUUAUUUUAGUAAAAACAAUUUUUUUUUUUUUUUUUAAUUUUUUACAAUGUAACAACGAUACUUUAUUAUUAUUUUAUUUAUUUUUAAAUUCAAAUAAAUUAAGGAAAAAUUAAAAUACUACAUAUCUUUAGAGAUCUAUCCAAUGUAAAACAUUACUUAGAAAUAUAUAGAUAGAUAAUUUUAUAAGAGCACGUGUGUUAUGUGUGUACCUACCUACUUAUAUUAUGAUGCAAUGUAUUGCGAUGUAUGAUGAUAUUUUUAAAAUAAUUUAAAAAUUUUACAUGAUUCUUAUUAAAACAAAAUAAAAUUCAUGUCUAAUAAUUCAUUAUUGAGUAUAAGUUUAACGUUAUUAUUAUCAUCUGAUUUCGUUGGAGGUAAUUACCCUCAAAGUAUAGGUAAUAAUAGUAAUACAAUUUCUAACUAAGAUUUCUAUAUAACUAAUAUAAAAAAUAUUUAAUUAACACAUUUCGGUAAACUGUAAGUCAUGUAAUAUGUAGAUUUUCUUAAUGCAAUUCAUUACAUAUUCCAGCGGAAAACGUAUUAUAUCAGCCAAUGAAAUCAGCUCUAAUGUGUAUAAUAAUUAUUAUACGCUAUACGUCGUUAUUUAUCCAUAGCAACUCGCGCGUGUGAACAUAGACGUCUAAGAAUCAAUAGUCGAACAAACAUAAGUAUACGACCGAAAGAGUGUUGCACGGCAGUCGUUACUUUCAUAGUAGCUCUAUUGGAGACUUAGUAAAGUUAUUCUAUAAUUAACACAUUCGUCCGUGUAGCAUAAUACGUAUAUUAUACCUAUAUCUGAACAAUUAGUGUAUAGGUAGACUAUGGAAGAGUUUGCAGAUGCUAAAGAAGAUGAAAACAAGAAAAUCGUUCACACCUAUCCACUGGUGCAAUGUGAUAUGUCAGAAGAAAUGAAAGCUGAAACGGUUGAAGUUAUAAUAACAGCGUGUGAAAAAUUUGGAACGGAUUACUUUGCGGCGGCCAAGACUGUUAAACAAAUGCUCGACAAAAAAUAUGGUCCACAAUGGAACGCGGUGGUCGGAGAAGCGUUUGGCAUACAGAUAACACACCAGACCAAUACGUUGAUGUACAUGUUUUUCGGUGGCAAUCUUGGUAUUUGUGCCUGGAAAAUUUGAUCGCAAAAAUGAGACUUAAAGUUGUUUCAAAAUCAUUUAUAAUAUAAUAGAAUUAAUAGAAUUAUUAUACAAUUAUAA